AUGUUCUACAACGAUUCCAAUUCGAAACUGCCUCCUAAUCUCUACAUUAGGGAGGACCUGGUUUCCUUACAAGCAGAGUUUCCUGAUUCAGUCGUCUCCUACGAUUUCACCAACUUGGCAGCAAAAUUGCAAACUAACUACGCACCAAAUGACACUGCUAAGGGGACUGAGAAGCCAUCGCUUUUGCUAAAACUAAGUGACCAAUUAAUGUCCCACUUAUCUUUCCUUUUUGGCCAUUCGUCUCCUGUCAUUCUUGCAUACAGCCAGUACAAGAGUGCUGGGUACCCGUGGACUCUUGGUUCGUUACCACCGUCUUUCAUUGCCAUCUUGACGAUUCGCUGGCUUGAGAUCUCCCCUUCCACCGUGGCAGUUGACCCUACUUCUACUCUUGUCAGCCUGGAGUCAGAUGACGCCAUCAUAGAUCCAACCCUGCCUGAUUUUGAUCUCGGUACAGUUAUUUCUAUCACCGAAAGAUCCUCCGAUUUUGUUGAGUGGAGGCGGUUUCCUCUAUCUUAUGUGGAUCCCUAUCCACAAUGGCGCGUCUUCGCCCUUCACGCCGAUCGAUUUGUUGGUAUUGGAUUUAGCAAUGGUGCUAUUGAGAUCAUAAAUCUCAGUGACAGUGAUAAUUCUCACAUAUUCAUUAAGCAGCCUCACGAUUCGGAUUUUGCACCAAUUGUGGGAAUGACGUUUUUACUGAAUCCUUCCUUCCUCGUGGUGUGCAGAUUUUCGGGUGAAAUUGAAUUGUGGCUUCUUAAAGACAAAUCUAUUGGCUUUUCUGCUCAUUUAAUCUCGCGUCAACUUCAUCACUCGUUUAUAUUUUCAUCGGUUGUUGAUGUCAAAAACUCUCUCCUCGUUAUUGGUGGCGAGUUUGUAGGCACACCUAGGGACAAUCUGACAAUCUUCUCAAUCAACAAUUUCUCAUCCUUCUCUGAAUUUGUCCCUACUAAAACGACUGAUUCCAGUAAUUCUUUUUCCGCACCUUCAAAAUUGCGUUCUCUUAUGCGUUCAAUUUCUACUCGACAAAGCACCAAUUUAGCAGAUGGAUUCGCCAGCCUUUCUUUAUCGCCCGGCGGUAAUCUCCUCUCUGCUCUUCAUUGCUCUCGUGCUAUUUCUGUGUGGUCGUUCCCUUCAUGUUCUCUUCUCACCACCAUUAUCUCUGAUGCUGUGGAACUAAACAGCAUGACAGUCGCCUGCAAACCGCUCUCGCCAUUGCUCGAUUCUAAGGUACCCGUCCCACAUCAUUUGAAUUGGUGGAGUAGGGAUUCCGCUGAUCCUCUACUAGCCAUUCUCAAAAGCAAUGGUUCCCUUUCAGUAAUCGAUAUUGAGAGCAUGGAGAAUCAACUUUUCAAUGUGGAUCAAAAUCAGGAUAAUGGAAAAAUUCAUUUUUCUCCAUUUUCAUCCUUUGCAGCUGCAGGAGUCGUCAAUUCCUCAGCAACUGAGCUCUUUCUUCUUGACUGUUCGAUGGAUUUGCCUCCUAGAAAGGAGAAAAAAGUUCAGAGCCGCAGUAGUACACAGGGAGGUUAUAUUAGUGCGUUCACUGCAGCCCUCGGCAUAACGGGGAAGUCGGAGACUGAAGAUAGGGUUACUGAACCUCUGGAAGAUGUUUCUUCUAUAUUUAUGCGGGCCAAUGUGGUCCGCAUAACAGCGACUUCUCGCCGUGAGCUUUUCAUCCACCGUCUUCGAUGCUGCAGAUUUUCUGAAGCGCUGGCUCUCACCGUCAAUAACAAGGAUGAAGCUGAUGGUUUGGAACUUGAUGCAGAAUUUGUCUGGCAGUAUCAAAUGCUUGCCCUUUUUCAUUUCCCCCUCAAACCUGAUGUUUUUGAAAGAAUUAUAGCAAUUUGCACCUCCAAGAUCACAAAGCGUAUGAAUUGGCUCCUUCGUGCGUGUCUCCACGAAAUUCCUUGCAUUGAUGCUGACUGGAAAACGGUUGACCUCUUUCGGGCGACAAAGUCCCUUCUAAAGAUAGGUCUUUCUCUCUCCUCCAGUGCUACUACCAAUCUGAUGUUUCGGGAACGCCUAUAUCAGUUAGAGGUGCUGACAGCCAUCUAUGCCGAGGAGUGUGCAUUGUCCCUGUCGAAAGAGACUGAUUAUGAUGGCACCGACGAUGAAGUAAAGAAAUGGUGGCUAGAAAUAGAGGCUUAUCGGCAAAACUCACCUCUUGAUAUUGCUCUAUGGUACUUGCAAACUCGACGCUACGCAGCGUUCGGAAUUUUAGUGGCCCAUUACUUCAAAAUUCUAGUUCCCCAUCUUUUUAGCCUUCUUUCAACAGUUCCUACAAUUGAAUCACCUGCCAAGUAUCUUCGACUGGUUAAAUUUUUCCCUUUCGAGUCAAUGAUUGAACAGCCGACCAUGAGUAAUUUCUCCGAGGACCGCCACAAAGACGCUAUCGAGCGUCUCUAUUCCCUCCUUCCUAAAGACUUUCGAUGGAAGAGUACUACUCCAACUAUAUCAACUCUUGCCCAGUGGGCUUGUACAAGAGCCUACGAGUUGGAUCAGCUGUCUGGACUUGCCACAGAGGCUGAAGAGUUGUUGGCAGUAGCUACUGAAAUUAUAAAGUCAAGCAGUAAGGAUAAAUCAAGCGCAAGGUGGCGUCGUUCGAAGCAAUGUGCUUUGUCGAUGCUGAAAAAGUACUCGGAUGAGGUGGUUCAAUUCACAACAAUCCUCUACCGUGCCGCUCCUGGCUAUGGCUUUUCAAACACCCUUCGACGUAAGAUUGAUCUCGGCAAUCAGUUGGUGUGUUUGAGCCGCCUAAAGCUAGUGGAAUUCCAUCAGCUUACUCUGGAACGACGGUUGGAACUUCUUAUUUGUGUUUGCAUUGCUGCGCCAUCGAAGGUGACGGCCGCUGAGGUAUACAAUGUACUGACACGGCAUCUCCUCCCCUUUGUCACUUCGUAUGAAAAGUCCUUGGUGGAGUCCUGGUUGAAGCUGUGCCUUCUGAGGAUAGCCGACUACGUCACCACUGGUCUGGAAGCAAUUUCCAUACUCGUUGAAAAGUGGCACCAUUCUGACGCUGAAGUUAUAGCCUCUCUCAAAGGCAAGCUCGCACUUUACCACCAAAUUCUUUCCCAUUAUUAUUUCAAAUACAUCUCCUUCGAGUCUUGCAUUGUCAAUUUCCUGGUCGAGUUCACACCACCCUCCGCGGGGGAUCCCGAUGUCUAUUUGAUGCACGUUCAAAGGAUCCUCUCUAAUCUGGAUGCCGAGAAAGGGGACAAAGAGAGCUCUCUCUAUCGCUUGUAUGAGUGUUGUGAGGCUCUCCUCGACUAUAACUCACUUGUCCGUGAUCUGGGCUAUCUUGUUCCUCCACAGGGUGUUCCUACAUCGCUUGGUGAAGCUCUUUCUAUCAGUACGGGCGAUGAGUCACGACUCAAACAGCUUGUCAAUCGGUGGAUUCGAGCUACUCUCGUUGCCGAGGGUGAGGAAAUGGCCAAGAAAUCUCAAAUGCAGGAGAGCUCACGAAGUGUCGCAUCCUCUCCCCUUCAUGUCGUCAAGCGUCUCUAUUAUAACCGUUUUCCCAUUAAUUCUGAAGAUGUUUCUACACCAUUAUGCGAAAACAAGGACAACGACAAUGGAGCUCUCAUGAGGCAAGUUAUUCCUGCUCCUGAUUCAGUCAAAUGUUCAUAUGCGCUACUUGGUGCCAAUCUAAACGAGAGAGCACGUUUUCAUCUGCUUGUGGGUGUGCUGUGUUCAGGUGACCGACGUCUUAUAGAUUUUGCAAGAUCUGCGUUGGUACAGGGGCAGGAAAAUGAUUUCAUCUGGCGCGCAGCGCUUCAGCAUGCCAUUCGUGUCUAUUUCGAUGCCACACCGGCAUUUGGAGUUGGUGAGGUGAAUGAAGAAUUGGGUGCUCUAUGCCUUUCACUCAUUUCCUCGCCUGAAGACUUACCCGAGUCUUCAUUUUACGGAGCUGUGAAAUUUCUCUCGGGUAUCGAUAACCUAACUGGACGUACCUCUCAACUACCCUCUCGAUUGACAUGGGUGAAAAUGUCUCCUGCGAGAAAAGUGGACCUCUUUACUACGGCUUUGCAAAAUAUCUUGAAUUUAACAUACAUGAACGAGAUAAAUCUCAUUCAAGCAGGAAAAUACUUUGAACUUUCUGAAGUAGAUGUGAAUCGGUGUUUCUUGAAGGCAGCUUUUCAGCUCGCUGAAACGAAGUGUCUUUGCAGUGCUGCUGUUGAAAGGACAGUGAUGAUAAUGCAGGAAAUGCUCUCUACUCCCAUCCCUUCGGCGUGGCGAGAGCUUCGGCUGUGGAGCCGUGCAUCAGUCGAGACCCUGGCCUCUCUCUUCCCAGGUGUGGGAAUCCCAAUUGUCGAGAGGUUUCGUUUAACCCUCGCUCGAUUUGUGAUUGCUUAUUCCGUUCACGAAGCACGCUCUUGUGAAUACGCAGAAAUUUGCGCUGAGUUUGCGAGAGCUUGCGCCUCACAGAAGUCGCUUGUAUUGGAGGGUGAACAUUGGUCCAACAUGUUGCAGCGUGUAUUUUCUGCCCUUUCUUCAUCUUCUCACGAGUCCACCAUGCAUGAGAACAAACCCUACCGUCCUUGCAGUUUAUACCUAUCCCCCUUUGAUCCCACUGAACUUGAAGAUUUUUUCUCAUUAUCAUCCCCUUCAGCACUAAUGUCGGCCUAUCUGUCAAGCUGGUCAUUAGCGGAACUUCAAACUAAAACUGUUCAGGAGGCAUGGGCAAAUGAUUGUCUUACUGCAGAGAGUUUGGAUGUUGGACUCUCUUACGCCUACGGUCCACCACUGGAACAAAGAUCGCGAAAUUGGACCAAAAUCCUGUGUACUCGUCUCUCCGAGGCUAUUCAAGUCGGCGCCACUAACAGUCGUGAAAUGGAAGACUAUCGACUUGUGGCGGCUAGCAUUUCCGCAAGUUAUAAGUCGGCGUCCGACUCCGACGAAAUCUUCCCCCCAAUACGAACGCUCCUGGACUCUCUGGCGCGUCUCUCAGCCAAGCAUUCAUGCAUUGCUGGUUGGCGCUCAAAGGCUCUCGUCUCGCGACUAGUUAGCCAUCCGGAUCAAUUCUUCUCCGAUGCAGCCUACAGACGCAACGAGCUAUUGGCCAUGUCACAAACUCUCCCAGGAGUGUCUCUACUCCUGGCAAAGCACAUGGAGGAAUCACGCUCGCAAUUGAUAUUGGCAAAUCUCUCAGAAAUUGUUUUCGCCACUGGUGAUGUUGAUCCAGAGACUACUAAACGUCGGCUAAAGGAGCUCUCACCAUAUCUCAAACGUGAUGUUCCUGUAGACGAUCUUACUACUUACCUUAAAGAAACUAUCGACCCUCGAAUGGAGACAAUUCCUCUGUGGCGUUUGCUCCUUCUCUUGAAGGUCAUUAUUGCAGUCAUGAAUUAUCAGGACGUGGGAUUGCGUCUUCGUGACAUACCCAUCCAAAAACACACUGAAUUUAUUCAAGCAGUAAUUCAACUGGAUACAUCAGUCUACCUCACCUUUCUGUCAGCUCUCAAUGAAAAGAACAAAGAGGAUUUCCUUGCCACCGUUCAACCUUACUUAACAUUCAAGUCGGUGGUAGAGUCGCUGGUUGUCCUCAUUCACCAAUCACCUUCUCCGCCGGUUGUGGAAGAUGCACAAGUUUACGCGGCUUAUGCAACUCAUCUCCUCACUAACUCCGAGAGCCCAGUUCAAGAUUGUCUGGACUGUUUUGAUGCUAUGAUAACACCCACUGGUGAUGCAUCUGUAAUUGUUGAUUGGAUAUCAAAGAAUUUAUUUGGACUCGAGGCUCCAGGUCAAUUGUUAAGCCUUGAAGGCCGAAUGCAAUUGGUCGACACUGCUUUCCGCAUUGUGAGCGCCAAGUCGUCGGAUAAUCCUUCAAUCGAAAAGCUGAAACAUCUCAAAGCAUACCUUCAACGGCGGAUCGAUUGGAUUGCACAUUUUGCAGACCACACCCUUCUGAGCGAAUCUCUUAAGCAACGUAUUCUUUUGCAUUACUUUGAGGACGUUGUUACGGGUUCUGCGUUGGUGCUUCAGGCUGUUCGGGAAUUUCUCUCAGCGCCUUGCGUCGAACCCGUUGAGCCCUUUAGCACUCUCCUCUCCGCCUUUAUCGGCUUCUCGGAGCGCAUUGCAGAGCUGUUGAUUGUCAAUUUUGAGGAGACUAUGGUAAAGGCCUUGUGCGAAAGUGUCAACGAAUUUCUAACGUCGACUUUAGCUGACUGGAUCUACUUGGAUCCAUUGGCACAACGCGAUCUUGAAAACGCCGAUGAGGUGGUUGUGGAGUUCAUAAGGGGUAAACCAGUGGAGCAACAAGGCUUGAUGAUAUCCCUUCUCCUCUCUUGGCCUGCUCCUCGUCAAUUUUUUGGGCGUGUUCUUCUCGAAGCUGAUCCAUCUUGUACCAACCGCCACAUUAUUGCUCAAAAUGUCUUCAAUCAUGUGCUUUCAAAGUCCGAUUUGAUCGAGGGCUCAUUGGAAGAUGUCAUCUCGAGGCUACUUGCCUUUCUCCAAGGUCAUGAAGCUCCAAGUGAACCGAUCGUUUGGUUAUUGGGUGAGGACAGACUAACCAACGAAAAUCUCAUUGAAGCAACCACAGUGGCCAUGGAACUGGCGAAUUACUGCCUAAGUGAGAGCUCGGACACAAUAUUUCAAAAUGAGAAGAAGUUUUGGGCGAGUUGGUUGGAAUGCCUCCGUCGGCAUCAUUUUUUACCAAAAUUUGCAAGGCAAUUGGUCUCACAAGUGCAUCUUGCGCGGCAGCUGAAUACGGCGUAUUUGACUGCCAUUGUGAAUGUAGAAACAGACGAUACAGGUUUGAGGGAGGCUCUCAACAGUUGUAGACUACUUUCACUUCUUCCAACUGCCACUACUGCUGCAAUCGACUUCCCCACUGAUGCCAACUUGGAUCCGAUUGCCUGUCGACGUUUCCUCAGCAGAAUUGAUGUCUGGAGAACAUCGGAGUUCCCUCUCUCCAUGCUUAAAGCAGUUUCGGAAGUUGCUGGAGACCCACAUUACAAUGCUUUCUUGCGACACACUUUGCGCGGAAUGCGUAGCUCCGGUGACGCUUGGAUGGAGAUAGUCCUUAUAGGGAGAGCUUAUCUCUCGAGACAACAGCGCCUUAGCACCCUUGAGGAGGUGUUGAAAGCUGUUGAAAACUUGCUAAGUGAAUGA